AGUGAGUCUAUAGUUGUGAUACUUCACGGAAAGCUUCAGAGCUAACACAAAUAAAUCAUGCGGAAGCAAUGGUAUUGUUGAUGUUCCCCCACACAACAUGAGCUCCCCACCGUUGCAACGAGACGGCAAGUACCCCGCACGACAGUUGGAGAAAAGCGGAUCACCGCCGAUUAUUUAAGAAUGACACCCCUCCAUCUCCAUCUACUUGACCUUGGCAGCCAGCUUUUAGAAUCCCGUCUCUCCUACGCCAAUUCAAUCUCAUCAACUCUUCUCCAUCGCCGUUUCUGUCCGAGCAUCCUACUGACACAAUGUCUCUCGCCACUCUAGACACUGCCCAGCAUCCCAACCUGCCGUCCGCGUCGGAGACCCUCUUCAAGGCCAAAGCCGCCAAGAAGCUGAGCUUCGAGCAGAUUGCCCAGCACAUUGGCCGCAAUGAAGUGGCUACCGCUGCUAUCUUCUAUGGCCAGGCCAAGGCUUCCCCCGAAGACAUCGAGAAACUCGCAUCGCUUCUCACCAUCCCUCACGAUGCUCUGGAGGAAAGGCUUAGUGGUUUCCCCGACCGUGGUCGCACCGUGGAGAUGCCUCCCAAGGAGCCCCUGAUUUACCGGUUGUAUGAGAUUGUGCAGAACUAUGGGUACGCAUACAAGGCGGUGCUGAACGAGAAGUUUGGUGAUGGUAUUAUGAGCGCUAUCUCUUUCUCGACCAAGGUGGAGAAGGAGACAGAUGCGGAUGGAAAUAACUGGGCCGUGAUUACUCUGCGUGGAAAGUGGCUGCCCUUCUCGCGGUUCUAAAUACGAGGUGUACGGAGAUCGGGUUUGGUGAAUGCAUAUAUAGUGUUCUGUAAAUGACUGAAUAAUGAAUUUCUUCUUUAAA